CCACCAAUCGCCAACAACAGCAACAAACAAGAAGCAAGGAUGGCGAAUGUGUACCACAUGGAUGGCAUGGUGGUGUUUGUGCUGCUGAUGAUUUGCACCUGUGCAUACAUCAAGCGCGUGCCCCGCCUCAAGGACUUCUUCCUCUCUGAGAAACAAGGCUUCUUCGGCGUCUUGUACAAAGGUGCCGUGAUUGGGGUUAGAUUACACUGGCUCGUGAGCCUCACCUGCUUAGCCACCGGCGUCUACCUUCUGUUCCUGAAGUGAUUCAUUGGCGUCGUCAAUUGGAGGAAGGGGGUAUUCCGUUUUCUCUUGAUGACACCACAAUGCGCGCGAACUCUUGCAUUUCUCUGCUCUGCCCUGCCUGCCUACUUGUCGAAGUUGUGUUAUCGAUUUCACCGAGCAACCUGACAAAGCUGCAGUUACCACCUGCUUUGUCUAACCUUCGCUGCCGCUGUCGAGCGUGCCGUAGUGGGCCUUUGCGCGUUGACAACAGCCAACAGCGACUCCCAUUUCGAUUGUAUCAUUGCUUGCAUGCUGGCUUGCUCGCUUGCUCGCUGGCGUGCUUGUUGCAGUAUUGUAUGUCUUUCAAAUUCAAAUGUAAACAGCCUAGCCGUC